GGUUGCGGCGCCAGGAGACAGGCACCCCAAAGACAAGUGAGCUGUGGGAGCUCGUCCGCGCCGCCCGGCAAGAGAGGAGUGAUGGGAGCGUGGGGUCGAUAACUAGUGCAUUCGGGGCAGGAAUCGGAAGAAUACCUGCAGAAACAUAAAAAACUAAUCUUGCUGGACCAGAGAAACAAGAAGAGGAACAUUUUGAUGUUUGCCCUGUUAAGGCACUCACAUUUGGAUUCACAGGAUGGCAGCCAUUGACCUGUCUCCAAGAUGGGCUUUGCCUGUACCACACUCUGCCUGUUUGCAUAUUGGACAUAAUGAGGAGAAAAACAUGGCUGCAGGAUUUCUAACAACCUGGUUACAGAAACCAAUCACUUUCAAAGAUGUAGCUGUGGAGUUCACACAGGAGGAAUGGCUAAUGUUAGACCCUACUCAGAGAAAUUUGUACAGAGAUGUAAUGUUGGAAAAUUACAGAAACCUCACCUCACUGGAUUAUCAGUUCUGCAGACCAACUCUAAUACCUAGAUUCGAACAAGAAGAAAGAACUCUGAAAGGCAGGAUUUCCCCAGGCACCAGUCCAGACUGGCAGAAUCAGCUUAAAACCAGAGAAUCAAAUCAUACGCAGAAUAAGCUUUGUGAAAAAGCAUCUAAAACGGUAACACUCACAAUGGAUGAUAAAUGGUCCUUUAUAUUAGGAGAUAAAUGGGAAAGCCCUAAGAUUGGAAAAAAGCACAGGAUCUCAGAGGAACAGCUAAGGCGAGUGAAUUUAACCCAACAGCAAGCAGCAUCUCAAGAGAGGUUCUGUGGCUAUCAUGAAUUUGAGGAAAACUCUGAACUUAACUCAAAACUUUCUUCACUGAAAAUUUCCACUAGAAAACUUUCCAGUAAAUGUGAUGUAGAUAUUGAAUGUCUGAAUCAUAAUUCAAACAUAAACAGUUAUCAGAAACACUUUGUUUGUGAGAACCUCUGUGAACGACAAGAUUACAACAGAGCUUUAUGGCAUCUUGAAACAACUCAAACAGCACAAAAAGAGGGUACACGUUCCAAAUGGGGUAUAUACAUCCAACACGGUAUAUUUCCUACACAUAAUUUCCCCACUAUGGAGGAUUCCUAUGCAUGUAGUAAAAACAAAAUCUCUCAUCAUUCAUACCUUAAUCAACAGGAAAAAACCCAUACUGAAGAGCAACAAUGUAAAUGUAACCAGUGUAGAAAAUCAUUCAGAAGGAAUUCUAAUCAUAUUUUACACAAGAGAGGUCACUUGAGUGAGAAACAUUAUGGAUGUAAGGAAUGUGGUAAAAUCUUCCAUGAUUCCUCAACUUUAAGGAGGCACGUGAGAACGCAUACAGGAGAAAAACCCUAUGAAUGUAAUCUAUGUGGGAAAGCUUUUAGUCAGAAAACAUCUCUCAAGUCUCAUGUGAGGACUCACACAGGAGAGAAACCUUAUGAUUGUAAUCAGUGUGGCAAAUCUUUUGGCACAAGCUCUUACCUUAUAGUUCACAAGAGAAUACACACUGGGGAGAAACUCUAUGCAUGCAGUGAAUGUGGAAAAGCCUUCAACACAAGCUCUCACCUUAAGGUGCAUAAGAAAAUACACAGUAGAGAGAAUAUUUUUGCAUGCAAUGCCUGCGAGAAAGUUUUUAGUGGUCUCUCAUCUCUCAGAAUGCAUGUGAGAACUCAUACUGGUGAAAAACCAUAUGAAUGUAAGGAAUGUAGGAAAGCCUUCAGUGUUUCCUCUUCCCUUAGGAGACAUGUGAGAACUCACACAGGUGAGAAACCCUAUGAAUGUGUUCAAUGUGGGAAAGCCUUCAGUCAGAGCUCUUCACUUAUCAUACACAGGAAAAUUCAUAUUGCAAGAGAAACCAUUUAAAUGUAUGGUUAUAAGUAGUGUAUCAAUGUCUUAAGGUAGACGCCAAACUCACUUUAUUCUCUCUCUAGCCCUCUGAACACCUUUUUAGACAUGACACAUUUUUAAUAAUAUUUUAGCUUUGGUUUAGUUAUAUUGCCUAAUGUCUAUUGUGACAUUUUGAUCUAUGGGCGCUUUUGAAUUAUGUAUCUUUCCCAUGUGGGAUAUAAAGACUAUUUAGUUAUCUUUUUGAUGAUUUAUAAGUUAACCUGCAUUGUAGUCAGAGUAGCAGAGCUAUAUAACAUUGCUUUAUUGGUAUCAUCUUGUGAGUUGUUACGUGGCCCAGUGUGGCAGUUAUUGCUAGUAGCCACACUGACCUUCCUUAUUAAUCCCAUUAAUUAAUACCUGGAAUUGGAACAGGUGAAUGACAACCAUGACUUAAGAUGGUAUAGAAGAAAGACUCUAGUUGCCACAAGGCCCCUUUAAGUAGCUACUCUAGUCCUGACUGCUUAUGUUAGGGCAUCCUUUUAUGCAAUAAAAAUGAGCUUAUUUUUAAAAGCAGUAUAAAUAUGAAUACAAUCAUCUGCUUUUUUAAAAGAAAAAUUCGAAGACUACACCAGUGUGUUGAAAUUACAUAUUUUAUGCUGCAUAUACACAUUAUGAUAGGAACAGUAGAUGAGGAAUGUUGAUUAACUAUUGUGCUUAAACAGAAGAUAUUUAGAACCAAGGUUCCUGAAAACAAGUCGUCAGAAAAGCAACUUAAGCAUCAGAAAUUCAUAGAAUUUUGUGAAAGUCAUUAAUUUCAAACACUAGGUAGAACUCUUGAUACUAAGUUAUUUGGUCUUGCAAGUCUGACCAUUUUGGUUAAAAUUUACUAAGAAAAUAUAAUGGAAGUAGAGGUGACACUUGUACUCAAGUUAAUUUUACACAGUAGUAUUGACAUCCAUAUAAACAAGCAGGCCUAGAUUUCAAGAGGUUUCUGGGAUGAGUUAUAAAUCAAUGUUCAUACAACAUGUAAACUAUAAUAAACUAUGGAGGGCAAUAAGAUUAUAUAAAGUAAGAAUGGAGUAAAUACCUUAUACUGACCCCAAUAUUCCUUCAUUUUAAUGAUAGGAUAAAACAGAACCAUAGAAAUACGAGGAAACCCAGGAAGAGUGGAAGGUACAGUCAGUUUUAAAUGCUCCCUAGAUGCCAGAAAGUCUUAGAAAUGAAUGUACAGUAAAAUGUGACAAUUUUUGGUCAUGUUAGUGGGAAAUACUGCAGUGGUUGAGAAUGGCUGCUAGAUUGAGAGGAGUUUAGAUAUUUGAGUAACAGGAGAAUGAGUAGCAGCUGGAGACAAGACUUGAGUUUUUAAAUGAGAAAUGAUUAACAUGUAAGCCCUAAAAUGACGGAGCCAGAAGAAAUUGGGAUGACAGUUCUGGAGAAGGGCCUAGAGCUAUAUGGGGCACAAAAGAAAUUAGAUUUGCUAUAAGAAGGGAUAAUUACACCUUUUGCAAGAGGCAAGAAGAAAUAAUUGCCUUUUAUUUAUAUCUAAGUGAAUUGUACUGUUUAAGAGUACCAUGAUUCAUAUUUAAUAUUCAUUGGCAUUGGGGUCGCUAUCAACAGAAGUCUUGACUCAUACCUGAAUGCAUAUCUAGCACACUUUCUCUGUAAGGUAAACGCUAGCCUUCGUUGGUUUAUUAACACCAAACAGCACUUCAACACUAACCUUGGGGCUCAUCUCAAGCAGUGAAAUCAGCACUACCAACAACAAAGCACAACAAUAUAUACUAAAAAUACCAUGAAAGAAGGCAAAGCGUUAUUAACAUCACCUGGAAAUGUGUUGGACAACUCAGAUAUUUCAUCACUGUGGAAAGGAGCUCUCGUACAUUAGUUAAAGCACUUAGCUUCUAACCAAACAGUGGCUCAAGGCCACCAAAGGGUGUAUAAGAUGUAGUAAUCAGCUUCCAUAGAGAUUUACAGCCCUGGAAACCAUAUGUGGGUGUGCUAGAGGGUUGCUAUGCUUCAGAAUAGACUCCCCAGCAGUGAGUUUGGGGUAUAUUGUUGAGAAAGCAUAAUUUAAAAGCCUGUCACACAAACUCAACAAUAAAAAAGAAACUUUUCUUAUUGUCAAAUCAAAAUCUGAUGUACAGCACGGGCAAUCCGCUAAAGAGGUUGCAAAGACAC